CGAAUACAUAUUUCGGGGGUGCCAAUAUGACUAACAUCCUGCUAUUGUGCGCCACAACACCUUCUCAGCAGCUGAACCCACUCAUAAAAGUGUCAACGACCCCAGCGACAAUGGAACUCUCCAAAGUACACCUCGUGUCCGUCUUCACGGCCUCCGACAGCCCGGAAACCGGCGGGAACUUGCUGCCGGUGGUUCUCGAUGCGUCAGCUUUGUCCGAAGAAGACAUGCGCAGAAUAGCGCGAGAGUACGGACAUGAAGCAUCCUUUCUGAUUCCGCUCCCAGAGGCCUCCUCUGAAUCACAGAAGGCGGACUACCAGCUGAGAUUCUUCGUCCCCGAGCACGAAAUGGAAAUGUGCGGCCAUGUAACAGUGGGAACCACGUGGCUGUUGGGAGAGCUGGGCAUUCUCCGCGAUGACCAAAAGGAAGUUUGCUACUCAACCAAGUCGGGCCUUGUCAGAGCUCGCCGGCGUCAACAAGAAGGAAGGAUUCUGGUCGAGGUCUCGCAGCCUCGCGGGUGGGUCACACCCGUCCAAGACGAGGCUCUGAGGCGAGAAAUAGCAGCAGUUCUAGGAGAAUCCGCUGGCGACAAGAUCAAUACGGAAUCAAUCCAGAACGCCUGCACGAGUCGAGCCAAGACUGUAGUUCCCAUGCGAGAUUCAGCUGCACUCGACGCCCUGAAGCCAAACUUUUCUCGAAUGCAAGCACUAUGCGAGAAGCUCGGCUCGACGGGACUAUACCCGUACGCCCCGCACAACGACAACAGCAGCAACGUCCCCACUCGGAAUGACUCUUUGGUUGUGCAUGCUCGUCAGUUUCCCAAAGCUUCAGGAUAUCCUGAGGACGCAGCAACAGGCAUUGCCGCGGCGGCUUUGAGCUUUGCGCUAUUGGAGAAUAACGUGCUUGGGGAAGAUAGGUCAGUGGUCGUGAGGCAGGGAGAAGCAAUGGGGUGUCCGUCAGAGAUACGGGUCCGAAUUGAAUUUGACGGCGAGGAAGCAGUGUGUUAGAUUGGGGGUACCGUUAGACAUGUCAAGCGGUUCGAGACAAAUGAGAAUUAGGGUCGAUAUGAUCACAAUUUGAUAGAGCAGCCGAUUGGGGAGGAAAGAGAGUCAAGGCCACGCCCCAUAGGAGACAGGACAUGGACCGACAAUUUUGUAGAAUUUGAUACUGUGCGACAACUGCUUCUUCUCGUCUUGGGACUUAAUCAACAAAAACGUGGCAGAGG